AUGGCGUACGCAGGACGUUUGGCGAUCAUCUCCGGAGGCUUAGCUGUCGAGUGUGAUAUUGCCUCCGACCCCAGUGUCAGAGAUGCAUUCCCAAGGAUCGAGCAAUACGUCAAGGAGAACGGCCUCUUCCCAUCCAUUCUCAUCAACGCGGCCGGUUAUGUGUCCGUGAGCCCUUUGGCCGAGACGACAGCCGAGGAGGCGACCAAAAACAUUGUGCCCAACUUGUUGGGACCCAUGUUCGUUGGCCAGGCGUUUCACAGAUUGUACACAUCCUACCCUUCCACGCAAGAGAAGCCGCCGGGCCGCAUCGUCAGCAUCUCGUCGCAGGCUGCACACGUGGCGCUCGAUGGCCACGGGCCCUAUUGCGCGUCCAAGGCGGGUCUCAACGCUUUAACGAGAACGAUGGCGCUAGAGUGGAGUCCUUUGGGCAUCACCUGCAACACUGUCAGUCCUACCGUUGUACUGACAGAGCUGGGCAAGAAAGCAUGGGCCGAUCCGGUCAAGAGACAAGCCAUGGAGAGCCAGAUCCCCACGGGCAGGUUUGCUCUGCCGGAGGAGAUUGCGGGCGCUGUCGAGUUCCUGUGUCGCGAUGAAAGUGGCAUGAUCUCAGGAGAGGACUUGAGGGUAGACGGCGGAUAUACUCAGCGUUGA